GGAGUUUAAUUUGCAAGGUGGUACACCACAACUUAUUGUAUCUAUUUUUGAAAUUAGAUAGGGAAAAUGAUGCCUUGUCCUAAAAAACUUAAGGUGCUUAGUUUACAAAUGACAAAAGGAAAAUGACUAGGAACUUUCCUUUCUGGGAAAAUUCCGAAGAGUAUACUUUUAUCAAGUAAAUCUCACCAUGAAAGAGAAUGCUAGGUGUUAGAAACAGUUAUACGUUUCUAGUAUUCUCUUUUUGUUGUAGUGGGAGACAGCAUAGUCAAAAAAUGAGUAUAAUGAGCUUCCAAUAUUCUAUGCUAAUGAGCCCAAAUUCCCAAUUGAUGCUCGAUUCCCUAAAAGCCUAUAGAAAGCCGAAGGAGAGAGGAAUAAGAACAAAGGGUGAAUUGAAAAUUUUGGCCAUAAGUCUGCUUUGUCAAGGUUUAAUUAAAAAAAUAAGCAACUAUUGCUUUUUUAUAUUGAUUGGGAUUGGGAAUAUUAAAAUAGGACUUGAAGGCCUUCUAAAGGACAUGCCUCACAGCACAACUACUAUCCUAUGUAUCAAAAUUCUGGUGGCAUAAAUGGAAAUCUAAAAGGGGACAAAAAUGUAAAAAUUCUUUUAUAUUAUUUUUUUUUUAAGAAUCUAUACCCUUUUAUCUACUCUCUUUUAUAUUUAUAAUUUUCAUAGCAUGAAUAAUUAAACUAAUUUUUAAUACAACUCAAAAUAAUCAUUGAUAGUUUAUAAUAUAACUGUCUUCAAAUUCAUCUUAGUUCUAGUUCCUUCACUUCCUCAUAUGAACCAAUAGAGUGGCCACCAAGGAGGACCUCCUUCUGCCACGUGGCUCUAUUUUUCCAUUGGUUUUGGAAUGUCACUGCGAGGGGAAAAAACGGCUAAAAAAUGUAAUGAACUUAACUUCAUUUUACCAAAAGAGAUGAACAUUAGCUCACUGUCACUGUAACUUGAACAUCAGAGUUUUUCUACAGGCACCACUCUGAUCAUAUGGAGAAGAGUACCAAUAUUUUUGCUAGUAUUAUCCAACCUUUAAAUUAAGAGAGUUCCUAAAGCAAUGAAACUAAGCAUCCUAUGUGACUUAAUUUUCCAAUUACCAGCUACCAAAUUAUAUAAGUUAUAUAUAUGUAUGUUUAUAAAAUCAGUGAAGUCAGGAAUUUCAGUCAUAAUUAAGUAUAUCUCCAAAGAAUGAGAUAACAAUAAUGGUCCAUGGAGAGAAUAUUACUUGUCCAAAUCAAUAACCUCUUUGGGCAACCCAAGUACCAAACAACAAAACUAAAUAACUAAUCACAUAGAUGGUGUGUAUGAACAAAUGAAAAAGUGGAUUUCAGAAGCAUAGCAAUUUCCUUAAAGAAAAGAUGGAGUUAUUAUAAUAGCCUUAAAAAAUAAUAAAUAAAAAUCUAAAUACAACAAUAUUCUGUUUGCAAUGUGAAACAUUUACAAAGACAGAGGGUAUUCUGGUAAAGGUGCAUAAAUCCCGCUUAGUAAUAAUCUUUGUCGAGCUAAAAGGCAAGGAAGUUCUCAUUCAUCUUCAGGUGCUUUACUGUUAACAGUUAACACAGUUAGUGUGUGAGGACUGAGCUAGUUCUAGCUCUGCAUUCCGUGUGUCUCCACCCUGAAAUUGCUGCAAAAUCUUUGUUUAAUGAGCGGUAAAAGCGUGUUUGUUUGUUCUUUUGAGUGUUAGAAUGUUGGAGGGAAGGUUGUUGGGUGGUGCUAUUAUGAUGUGGCUGUUAGCAUGGAGGUGGGUUAUUCCGAUGGGAGAAUCAGCAAUAGGGGUCAACUGGGGCACCGUUUCUUUCCACAAGUUGAAGCCUUCCACGGUGGUUGAUCUCUUGAAAGAUAACAAGAUUUCAAAAGUAAAGGUGUUUGAAGCAGAACCUGAAGUGCUUGAGCCUCUCAUGGGGAGUGGGAUUCAGGUGAUGCUUGGGAUCCCGAAUGGCAUGUUGGCCCUCCUCAGCACUUCCCCUACUGCUGCUGAUUUGUGGCUUCGCCAGAAUGUUUCUGCUUACAUCGGAAAACAUGGUGCUGAUAUCAGGUACAUUGCUGUUGGUAAUGAACCAUUCCUCACUAGUUAUAACGGUGAAUAUCAGAACUUGGUGAUGCCAGCCAUACUCAAUCUACAGCAGUCUUUGGUGAAAGCAAAUCUUGCUAGUUACAUUAAACUAGUUGUCCCUUGCAAUGCAGAUGCAUAUGAGUCUUCACUUCCUUCCCAAGGGGCAUUCCGGCCGGAACUGACUCAAAUCAUGACUCAGCUGGUUCAGUUUCUCAACUCAAACAAUGCCCCAUUUGUUGUUAAUAUUUACCCAUUCCUCAGCCUCUAUGACAACGAAGAUUUCCCACUAGACUAUGCAUUCUUUGAGGGAACUACUCAUCCUGUCACAGAUGGAAACAAUGUGUACACCAAUGCAUUUGAUGGAAACUAUGACACUUUGGUUGCAGCCCUUACUAAACUGGGAUAUGGUCAAAUGCCUAUAAUCAUUGGGGAAAUCGGUUGGCCCUCAGAUGGAGCCAUUGGAGCAAAUAUCAGUGCAGCAAAGGUUUUCAAUCAAGGUCUCUUGAGUCAUGUUCUAAAUAACAAAGGGACCCCUUUGAGGCCAGGUGCUCCUCCUAUGGACAUCUAUCUCUUCAGUCUGCUUGAUGAAGGAGCAAAGAGCAUACUACCAGGAGGGUUUGAAAGACACUGGGGGAUAUUCUCAUUUGAUGGUCAAGCUAAGUAUCCUCUAGACCUUGGCCUUGGCAACAAGGAAUUGAAGAAUGCAAAGAAUGUUCAGUAUCUUCCACCCAGAUGGUGUGUAGCAAGCCCCUCCAUAGACGCUCAAAACGUAGCAAACCAUAUGAGAAUUGCAUGCAGUGUUGCGGAUUGCACCACACUUGGUUAUGGAGGUUCUUGUAAUGGGAUUGGGGAGAAGGGUAACAUCUCAUAUGCUUUCAACAGUUACUAUCAGUUCCAAAUGCAAGACUCACGAAGCUGCAAUUUUGAUGGGCUUGGUAUGAUCACUUUCCGAGACCCUUCAGUUGGUGAUUGUCGUUUUCUUGUGGGCGUCACAGACAAAGGCUCUGACUCCUCUGUUUCUCAGACCAGAUAUCAGUGGUGGGUUCUACUACCAUUUCUAAUCAUAAUACAAAUCACCUCUUCUUUUUCAUUGUGAUUCAGAGGUUCCAUAAGUGGGUUUUCCAUGGUUUCCAUUUUCUAUAAAUUAGAAGUAGCAGUGAAGUAGAAUAUUCAACUCCAUUCUUGGUUCUGUAACCAACCAGUAUAGGAUCUAAUCAUUGUUGUAUCAUAAUACAAGUGAUGAUCUGAACACCAGAGCAUUCAAUAUUACACAUGAUUUAUCGUUUGUACUUCUCGUUACUUCUAUUACACUAUUAGCAUCUCUAAUUUCUAACUUGGUCAGGUGCAGAAGAUCUAAAUACUUGUUUAUGAUGUUGUAUCACCUAAAUCUCUAAUUCUCUGUUUUCACCAUCACCUAUCACUUACUCCAAGUAUCACUUGGUUCUCAAAUAUUUUAGGAUAUAAACGACUAAAACAUUUACAUUCUGAGAACUAAACAAGGAAGGUUAAAGAUGUACUUAAACUAUUCUUAACCUAAAUUCUUAAGUGAUGCAUAUCUAUUGAGAUACCAGAACAAUAUUUUAACAAACUUACUCAAUACAUUUUAAUGAAUAAUGAAAAACAAGUUAGGAAAAUAACUUUUGAGGUAAUACCUAACUAUAAUGAAGUCUAGAAUUUAUUUUAAUUUUUAUAAAUUUGAGCUAUUUACAUUAAUAUUAGUUUCUAUGUUUUUAUCUACCUACGAAUAAAGUAAGGCUCCUUUAAGUUUAAAUUCCUAUAGCUUUUAUUCGCUAAAGUAUCAUGA